AACAGCUGAUUACUGUUUAACAGCUUAAAGUUUUGAAACGAGAAAUUAUAAAUAAAUUCCCUACUUAUUUAUUCCUUUACUGUAUUCGAAUUAAUGGCGGAUUAUUAGUGGAAAAUGGUUCUUCAAAAUACUGGUAAAUACAGGACAGACAAAAACGAUUCAAAUAAAAGAGAUCCCGGGAUAUCUUCUGCACCCAGGGAAGAAUCAUCUGAAUCACGACUGCGAAAUGCCUUGGAUAACGAUAAAAUUGAUUCUAAAUAUGGGUUCGAUAGAGUCAGAGAUACUAAGGAGCGAACGGGUUACUUAAUAAAUAUGCAUACGGCUGAAAUAUUGGAUGAAGACAAAAGGCUCGUAGCAGCUGUAGAUUAUUACUUCAUUGAAAUGGAUGGAUCUAGGUUUAAAGUGUCUCUGGUGUUCCAGCCUUAUUUUCUUGUUCUUGCUAGGAAGGAAUGUGAACAAGAAGUUAUACAAUAUUUAUCUAAGAAGUUCGCUGGAACUAUUCACAAGAUAGAAGUAGUAGAAAAGGAAGAUCUAGAUUUGCCUAAUCAUUUGUCAGGCAUAAAACAGAGAUACAUUAAAUUGUCGUUCAUGUCGCAAAACGAGAUGAUGAAAGUCAGAAAAGAAUUAUUAACAGCAGCAAAUAAAAGCAAAGAAAGGGAGAAAAAGGAUGCGAUUUACUCCGAAAUGUUGACAAAUGUAUUGACAAAUGCAGCUGCUAUCGAACAUGCUAAGAAAACUACAGAUCAUUUGGAAAAUAUUAUCGACAUAAGAGAACAUGAUGUGCCGUACCACAUAAGAGUGUCAAUAGACAUGAAGAUAUUCUGUGGAACCUGGUACACUGUUAAAAGCAGGGGGAAUGACACUCCAAUAUUUACUAAACGUGACGACAUUCUUGAGAGACCGGACCCUAUUGUUCUGGCAUUUGAUAUUGAGACAACAAAGUUACCGCUGAAGUUCCCAGACUCACAGACGGAUCAGAUUAUGAUGAUAUCUUACAUGAUAGAUGCUCAGGGAUACUUGAUUACCAACAGGGAAAUUAUAUCCACUGAUGUAGAGGAUUUUGAAUACACUCCUAAACCCGAGUUUGAAGGCCAAUUUAUAGUCUUCAACGAGCCCAAUGAACUUGCCCUAAUUCAAAAAUUCUUUGAUCACAUAAUGGAUAUUAAGCCACACAUAUUUGUCACUUACAAUGGUGACUUUUUCGACUGGCCGUUUGUGGAGGCCCGUGCGGCAGCGCUAGGGCUGGAUAUGCGUCAAGAGAUUGGAUUCAGUAGACUUACUAGGGAUGGGACAUACGCUUGCAGACCGGCCAUGCAUAUGGACUGUUUGUGCUGGGUGAAGAGAGAUUCAUACCUGCCAGUGGGUUCCCAAGGUCUGAAGGCGGUCGCCAAGGCCAAGCUGAGAUAUGACCCAGUGGAAUUGGACCCUGAAGAUAUGUGCAGGAUGGCCUCCGAACAACCACAGGUGUUGUCAAACUACUCGGUGUCAGAUGCGGUGGCCACAUACUACUUGUAUAUGAAAUAUGUACAACCUUUCAUAUUCGCCCUCUGUACCAUCAUACCACUGGAACCGGAUGAGGUGCUCCGUAAGGGCUCGGGCACACUGUGCGAGUCAUUGCUCAUGGUGGAAGCCUUCCACGCUAACAUCGUGUUCCCCAAUAAGCAAGUGGACGAACUCAACAAGCUGACAAGCGACGGACACGUCCUGGAAACGGAGACGUACGUUGGAGGGCACGUGGAGGCGCUGGAAUCUGGCGUAUUCCGCGCCGACAUCAAAUGCAAGUUCCGCAUCGUACCAUCGGCUGUGGAAAAACUGAUAGAAAACAUAGAGAAGACCAUGAAACACGCGAUAGAAGUGGAGGAAGGUGUUCCCUUAGAGUUGGUUACCAACUUUGACGAAGUGUGCUCAGAGAUAAGAGAGAAACUGCAGCAUAUGAAGGACCAUCCCAGGAGGGACGAGAACCCACUGAUAUAUCAUUUGGAUGUGGGAGCAAUGUAUCCCAAUAUUAUUUUAACUAAUAGACUACAACCGUCGGCCAUGGUGAGUGCCAGCGCGUGCGCCGCCUGCGACCACAACAGACCGGGGGCUCGCUGUCAGAGACGCAUGGACUGGACGUGGCGGGGGGACUACCUACCGGCGACCAGGAGCGAGUACCAGCGGAUACAGCAGCAACUGGAAACGGAGAAGUUCCCUCCCCUACAUCCCGGGGGACCCACCAGGGCCUUCCACGCUCUGCCCAAAGAAGACCAGGCCGCGUACGAGAAGAAACGCCUAGCAGACUACUGCAAAGUUGUGUACAAAAAAACCAAAGUCACCCGAAACGAGGUUCGGACCACUACCAUAUGUCAAAAGGAGAACUCGUUUUAUGUCGACACUGUGAGAGCGUUCAGGGACCGUCGCUAUGAAUACAAGGCGUUGAACAAGCAGGCCAAGGCGCUGGUGGCGGAGGCGGUCCGCGCCGGGGACGCCGCAGACAUCAAGAACGCGCGCUCCAGGGAAGUGCUGUACGACUCCCUGCAGCUCGCGCACAAGUGCAUCCUCAACUCCUUCUAUGGAUACGUUAUGAGGAGGGGAGCUCGCUGGCACAGUAUGGAGAUGGCGGGCAUCGUGUGUCACACGGGCGCUAACAUCAUCAUGAGGGCGAGGGAGAUCAUCGAGCAGGUGGGGCGGCCGCUGGAACUCGAUACAGACGGUAUCUGGUGCAUACUGCCCUCGUCGUUUCCAGAGAACGUCACUAUCAAUACCACUCAUCACAAGAAGAAGAAAAUUAAUGUCUCAUAUCCGAAUGCCGUUCUGAACGCUAUGGUUAAGGAUUAUUUCACCAACGAUCAAUAUUACGAACUAGUGGAUCCUGUGGAGAAGAAGUAUGAAGUUCGCUCUGAGAAUUCUAUAUUCUUUGAGGUCGACGGACCUUACUUGGCGAUGGUGCUGCCAGCCUCCAAAGAAGAAGGGAAGAAGCUCAAGAAGAGAUACGCUGUGUUCAAUUUCGAUGGUUCCUUGGCUGAACUCAAAGGUUUCGAGGUGAAGCGUCGCGGUGAGCUGCAGCUGAUCAAGAUCUUCCAGUCAUCAGUAUUCGAGGCGUUCCUCAAAGGGAACGAUCUGAAGUCGUGUUACGGCGCCGUGGCGAAGGUUGCCGACUACUGGCUCGACGUGUUAUACAGCAAGGGAUCCAACAUGCCGGACUCGGAACUGUUCGAGCUGAUAUCAGAAAACAGGUCUAUGUCCAAGAAGCUAGAAGACUACGGCGGGCAGAAGUCUACGUCUAUAUCCACUGCCAAGAGAUUGGCGGAGUUUCUCGGUGACGAGAUGGUGAAGGACGCGGGCCUGGCUUGCAGAUUCAUAAUAUCCCGUAAACCCGAGGGUGCUCCAGUGACGGAGCGCGCGAUACCGCUGGCGAUCUUCCAGUCCCCGGGCUCCGUGAAGCGACAUCACCUUCGCCGGUGGCUCAAGGACGCCUCGCUGACGGAACACACGGACAUACGAGACGUCCUCGACUGGGGAUACUACGUGGAGCGACUCGCCGGGGCCAUACAGAAGAUUAUCACCAUACCGGCCGCGCUACAGGGGCUCGACAACCCAGUCCCCCGAGUGCAGUAUCCAGACUGGCUUCACAAGAAAAUACUGGCCAAGACAGACAAGUACAAGACGAGGAAAAUCACAGAGAUGUUUACAUCAAAGCCGAAAGAAAUCAGGAACUGCGAGGACGCGGGCGCCGCGUGUGAGAGUACAGAAGUGGAUAUCGAAGACAUUGGUAAAGAGCGCACGGCCAAACCUAUUCAACCCGUGGUGCACCGCGUGAAGCGGAAACGAGAACCGUCCCCGAGGAGACCGAGCUCGUGGAGGGAGGCUCUGGGGCCACCCCCCAGCUUCGGCGAUACCAAGGAGCAGAGAACGGCGUGGAUAGUGUUCCAGAAGAAGAAAUGGAUGUGGCAGAUGGAGCAACGUGGAGUCAGAGACAGAAAUAAAAAGGGCAAGGUCGACAGUGACGUUUCACUGAUGUCAAAGAGCCUCGGCCCGUCCAAUACUCUGGGGGGAUUCAUUAAGAGAGCGCAGAGGACUCUGCUGAACACACCGUGGCAGGUUAUACAGAUCCAGGAGACGGCUGAGCCGGGAGUGUUCCGUGUGUGGUCGCUGGUAGGGUCGGAGCUGCACCAGCUGAAGCUCACCGUCCCCAGACAGUUCUACGUGAACCGGCGCGUGCCGCUGACCUGCGACACGGGACCCCACUGGCGCCGCGUGUCCCGCGUGCUGCCCCGCUCCCGGCCGGCGCACCAUCUCUACUUAUACACCGUCCCUGAAGCUCUAUACAGGGAGAGAUGCCAGGAGCUGAUGAGUGAGCUGUCGGCUCCAGAGAUCGAGGGUAUCUACGAGACACAGAUGAGUCUGGAGUUCCGAGCGCUCGUGACCAUCGGAUGUGUGUGUGUCGUAGAUCCCCAGGAGGCACGGAGAUUGAUUCAGUUCGGCUCAAACAACAUGGACUCGUUUAAUCUGAGCCAGCUCCAAUUCAAGAGUGUGGCUCACCAGCCGUACCUACAGAAACAGGACGAGGUGUCUCCUAUUAAGCACAUCUUCCUAUAUCAACACUCGUCUCCCAACUCGAGCCGCAGUAUGUGGUCGCUGGUGCUGGCUCCUAUUAAGAAAGGCUAUAUUUUUGUCCUGGACACCGUCAAGACGAACCAAGUGCCGAACAUGAACACCCUGUAUAACGCUGAGAGGACCGCUAAAAUUAAUCUAGGUACGGAUGAGAAGAGUCUGCCAAACGCGGAUCUGUCGUGGGAGGUGGUUGUGGAGACCGAGCCUCGGGCUGUGUACCGCGGGGUCCAGCGAGCGUUACAGAGGUACAGGGACGAGAGGUGCGGACCCACCAUGGUGGCCCUUCAGACCACCCUAUCAUCACACGCGCUCCUAGCACUCAUGCCCGGACUUUCUGAAUUCCCGCUUGUGCCACUGCACGUGAGAGACGUAGAGACUCUGUACAACACCUUGGAGUGGCAGCGGAUAGGAGCUAGAGCCAUCGUCCGGCACUACCUCAACUUGGACUCCGUUCUGGAACUCACUAUAGAGCAGUGCAGGUACUUCCACCUCCCCCUCGGCAACACGUCGUCCGACCCGACCCAGUUCGGUGCCGAUGUGUUCUUCGCGCGACACCUCCUCAAACAUAACUUCGUGCUGUGGUGCUCCGGCUCCGAGCGACCAGACCUCGGCGGCCGGGAGAUUGAUGACAAUAGGCUUGUGAGUGAGUCCGACGAGUGGUCUAGCUGCCGGGUGUGUUCCCGGGGAUCCUACGGCGGGGUCUGCGUGGCUCUGACGGGAGACGCGCUGGCCGUGUCCGCUCUGCUGCAGGCGCAUACUAUAUUACAGACUGAAGGCACCAGCGUCGCCACGUCCUUCGGAGCGCAGCACGCCAACAUACAGGACGUGAUGGCCUCCACAGGUUCAAACGCCACAGAAACGUAUGACGAGACAGCUCAAUGCAGCGCGGCCUUCAAGAUUCUGAGGACGAUGGUGGCGUCGUGGCUGCGUGACGUCACUCACUACAAAAACGUCUUCGCGGACUUCCAGAUAUCACACUUCUACAGAUGGCUCAAGUCGCCCACCUCUCUAUUGUACGACCCGGCCCUGCGCCGCACCUUGUACAGCCUCAUGAAGAAGCUGUUCCUCAUGCUGGUAGCGGAGUUCAGGAGACUCGGCUCGCAGAUCAUCUACGCCGACUUCAACAAGAUCAUUCUGUAUACCAAGAAACACUCGCUCAUGGACGGCAUCGGAUACGUGGAGUUUGUGGUUCAGAGUAUCAGGAACAAGGAGCUGUUCCACGGCAUUGACAUCCGGUACAAACAGUGCUGGACCUACCUGCUGUGGCUCGAUGAAGCCAACUAUGCGGGGAUUGAGGGCAAACUGCCAGCGGGUCUGGUGGAGGUGGGGUCGUCUCAGAUACCAGAUAACACGGACGUGGAGGAGGAGGGUGAGAUAACUAUGGAGUGGAACAUAUCCCGGUUCAUGCCGGGCAUCACCCGCGAGUCGUUCGUGUCGUGCGUGGCGGGCUUCCUGUCCGCGGCACACGCCGACCCCGGGGCACUCAAGGCGAUGCUGGCCGGGGAAAUGACGCAGAAAUUCUUCCAGUUAGCAGAGAAAAUAAAUCGUCGUAUGCCAACUCUGAGCCUGGCAGAUAUCGGCCCCCAGGCUGGACUCCGCGAGGAGUCGCUAGAGGGCGCCACGCCCGCGCUGCUGUUCGUUAACGCGCUCUGUCAUGUACUGGGACUUGACACAAACUUGGAAGAUGAGGUGACUCUCCUCCGUCGCAACCUCUUACGGUUGCUGUCAGUGGGCGAGUUCAGUUCUUUAGCCGAGUGGCGGGACCCCUGCGCCUCGUGUGUGUUGGCCGAACUCAGCUGCCGGGUCUGCAACCACUCUCAGGACCUGGACCUGUGUCGCACGCAGCAUCACGACAAUGAACAGCCAGUGUGCUUGUGUCCAACUUGCGGCACAGCAUAUGAUAACCAGGAGUUGGAAUGGAAACUCAUUGAAACUAUGAACAGGAGAGCUAUGAGUUAUACCUUACAAGAUCUUAUAUGCACCAGAUGUCAUCAGGUGAAGCGUGAGAAUCUAUCAACGGUGUGCGACUGUGCCGGUGAAUUCACAACAAUGGUAUCCCUCAAGGAAAUAAGAACGCAGCUCAUGACCUACAAGACUAUAGCCGAGUACUAUAAAAUGCCCUUACUAAUGGAACUCAUAGCGUAUAAUUUAAGUAACAUGUAAUUAAGGAACAUAUUAAAACUUUUUGUUAUUAAA